AUGGACGUGGGUCUCUCGGGCCUCCCAGUUGUAUCUCAGGGUCGCAGCAAGACCCUGAGGGGCAGGGGCUCAGUUGUGCGGCGGCAGCGGGAGUUCAUGCCCGAAGAGAAGAAGGACAAGGUUUACUGGGAGAAGCGGAGGAAAAACAAUGAAGCAGCCAAGAGAUCCCGGGAGAAGCGGCGUCUCAACGACGCGGCCCUCGAAGGCAGGCUGGCCACGCUGCUGGAGGAGAAUGCUCUGCUCAGGGCUGAGCUGUGGGCACUCAGGCAUCGCUUUGGCCUUCUGCCCUCCGUCGCUGGCUCCCGGACCCUGCCCCUGCAGGCGCUGCUGUGGGAGCCCCCCUGGACUGGAGACCCCCACCCUAGGGCCCAGCCACUCCCCUCCCUCCCUGGCUCCCAUGGCUGCCUUUUGAGGCCAUGCGCUCUGGACACUGGGGUUCCAGGAUGCCGGGGCUGCCUGGUGGCUCACAAGUGGACUGGUCUGGCCGCUUCCCCCAGGUGCCCCCAGGACCCUGUUCCCCCCACCCCCAAGAGAAUGGACAUGGCCUUGCAGGCUGCCCUCCCAGCUGCCUUCUUCAGCUGUCACCUCCUGGAUGGGCAUGGGGGGACCAGACCAGAGCUCAGGCCCUUCUGGGGGCUGUGGUCACCCAUGGCCUCUGGUUACCAGGCCUCUGGGCCCUCAGAUGAGUUGCUGACACCCACUGCUGAUCCAAUGGAGCUGCCUCCUGGGAUGGCCUAUCCUGUCCCAGGGAACAAUCUCGAGGGUCUUGCUCAGCCCUCCCUGCCCCACAAACUGCGAAUCAAAUCCCAAGCCUUGGGCAGAGGACCUCCAGGGUGGGGGAAUGGCCGGGGCCCCCUCUGAGGGUUUCCCCUGGGCAGGGCCAGGCCCGCAAGGCGGUGUUGGGACUGAGCAUGGGUGUGUCGGGGGAAGAUGAGUGGCUUGCCCCUGACUCAGCUCCCAGGCUGGGCAAGGGCCUUGGAGGGGUCCACUUCUCAGU